AAGACGAUAAGCCAGCAACUAACUAUCACACAAUCUCAAAACAGCGUUUGCAGGAUACUUGAGAUGAAGCGUGUUAAAGGGUGGUGGUGAUAAACCAUCGGGUACACCAACAAUGAAAACAGAUAUUCCAUCGCACACGCACUCACAACACCCAAACUACUAGAAGAUACUUGUUUCAUGUGUGAGAGUUUCACACAAAACAGUGAGUGCAUUGUAGAAAACGAAAGGGCACACGAGGUGAAUCUCAGUUAUUUUCCCAAAGCUGGAGUAUAAAUAGCCUACAAUACAGCCGUGAUAUUAUAGCUUCUCUGCAACAGAGAAAUGGUCAAGGAAGAUAUUGUCCUACUGAAAGGCGUCGUUCUGCUUAUUUCAUUGUUGAUCGCCAUCCACGAUGUGAAGACAUAUACACUAAAAGACAACUUGACGGAUGCCAUACAACAAUAUAGUCACGUAUAUCAAAAGGCCGAGUUGGUGGAAUAUGACCUGCUGAAAAUGGCGACCAACAAAGACUUGAAAUUCACACAAGAACAGUUUGAAAUCGAGCAUCAGAAAGUGGAGCGCGAAUACAUGUUGACAUGGGCAGUCGGUUAUCUUGAAGCUGUGAAAGAUAUUUGGGGAUUGAGAAAUAAUGCAGACAUCGCGAAACUACAACUUCAAUAUUCAGGUGAAUCCUCUAAAAUUCCUAAGAACUCAUGUUAUCACAUGGAAAGUAGAACGGAAAAUGAGAACACUCGAAAAACAAUACGAUACGGUUGCGAUGUCAUGCAUAAAUAUGCUUCGUUGAAAUGGCAGACCAGAUUACACCUAGAUAACUUGACAGCUACAUAUCUGCAAGAACUGGAUAGAAGAGACUCCUCAAAAUUUAAGGAAGACAGAGGUGUAAAUUAUUUCUUGAAAAAAGAGGGAUUCGCGAAUGCCAAAGCCAUAAUGCAGAUCCAUCGAGGUUUCACUGAAAAAUAUUGUCUGUCAGCAUUGAGCGAAUUCAUCAAGUACGAGGGCGUAAAACUUUCAUCGGACUCAAACAAACAAAUGAAGGUGCUUAAUGACGCGGUGGGAAAAUUCAACAAAUCUGCUGAAUAUCUCGGAGGAGCUGUGAAGACCAUGGAAUACAGAAGAGUGGAAUUCAUGAGAUAUGACCAUCCUUAUCGGAGAGCAGUUGCAUUGGUCAAAGAAAUGGACGAGGAGAGCAAGCAUGAAUACGGUAUGUCUCCUUAAUAGAUGAUUAUCAUAUGCCUUGUAAGGGUGGUGUCGCGCUAACUCAGUGUUCUUUUUUGCACGACUGGAUCAGAUUCAGUGUGACUUCAUUUCGGGUGGUUGUUGGAAGACAGAAGUCUAUCCAUGUAUAGCCAAGUGGAUCUACUUUUGAUUUUGUAUUUCCUCGUGACUCGCAUUCCGAUUUGGACAUAUGUUGAAAGAUACAGUAAGAUAGGGCAGAAUGAAGUCAGCUGGUAGACUGGAUGAUAUUCUAACUUCUCAGUAGUUCUUGAGACUGAAAUGUGCUUUCCAGUUUAUCGGUGAAACAAAUAAACACCAGGGAGAAGCCCGAAAGUAUAGUUUUCAGUCCGAGGAUUUUAUCAUUUUGAAAUAAUGUGCACUACACACAUGUCAAAC